GUCACAGCUAUUCCACCGCCACCCCCUCUGCCAACGGGAGCUAUUCCACCGCCACCCCCUCUGCCAACGGGAGCUAUUCCCCCGCCACCACCACCUCCAAUGAUGGCGCCUCCACUUUCCACAGCAUGAAGUCAGGCGUGGGAAAUGCAGUGUUGAGGAAAAGCAAGACAUUGCCGCAACAGAGCACCAUCAAGAUGAAGACCCUCAACUGGACCAAGGUUCCCAAGCAGAAGAUUGCAAAAUCCUUGUGGUCAGACUCAGAAGUAAAACUGCCAAUUCUGAAAGUGGACUUCUCGAAAAUGGAGGAGCUGUUCUGCCAGAAACAGCCGACAAAGUCAGCUGAUGCCACCAAGAAUCAGCUGGCAGAGAAGAAGGUGCAGAAAGUGAACCUGUUGGACAGCCAGCGCAGUUUCCUGGUCAACAUAUUCCUCAACCAAUUCAAGGGAAAUGUUGGGGUUGUCCUGAACUCAAUUGAAAAUGGCACCGGUCUACCUGUGGAGAACCUGAAAUCGUUGAUGAAACUCAUGCCCGAAAAGAAAGAGAUUGCUGAAAUACGCGGUUAUGCCAGCAGCAAAAACCUUGGGGAAGCUGAGAACUUCUACCUGCAUCUGUCUGACAUCGCUGACUACGAGCUGAGAGUGCAGGCAAUGCUCUACAAAGCAGAAUUCCAUGAACGAUACACUGACGCAUCUGAGCAUUUGGAGAAAGUGAUUGAAACCUGCGAGUUCCUCAUCAAUGAUUGCAGUCUCAAGCAGUUCUUGUUGCUCAUCCUGCAACUUGGAAAUAAACUGAAUGCU